AGCGCGUCCCUGGCCACCAAGGUCUUCGUGCAGAGGGAUUACAGCGACGGGACCACGUGCCAGUUCCAGACAAAGUUUCCCCCCGAGCUGGAGAGCCGGAUUGAGCGGCAGCUCUUCGAGGAAACCGUGAAAUUCUACGCCGAGGCUGAGAAGAUUGGGGGCAGCUCAUAUUUGGAGGGGUGCCUGGCCUGUGCCACCGCUUACUUCAUCUUCCUCUGCAUGGAGACACACUAUGAGAAGGUCCUGAAGAAGAUCUCCAAGUACAUCCAGGAGCAGAAUGAGAAGAUCUAUGCUCCACGAGGGCUGCUGCUCACUGACCCCCUGGAGCGUGGCAUGAGGGUUAUUGAGAUCUCCAUCUACGAGGACCGAUGCAGCAGUGGCAGCUCCAGCAGUG